AUGUUGAACAAAAAUAGAUACCCAGGUUAUUAUGGCACGGUCGGUUCCGACCGGUUAGGAACCUGUCGGAACUUUCUGGAAUCGGCGAAAACUGUGCCGGAAUCGAGAAGGGCUGUACCGGAACCGAUUCAGAUCUCAACGGAUCCGGUCGCUGGAAUGAUCGACCUGGGUAGAAUGUCCUCUGAUACUGAUGUCAAGCUUGAUUCAUACUUAGAAGCCAUUCAGAAUCAUAUCAAAAGUGCUAAUUAUGAUUCAGCUGAGAAGACAUUAUUUGAAAUACGUGAAUUGAUGAGAACAAAGAAGAUUAUUAACAUAAGUAAUGAUGUUGAUUUGAAAUUACGAAAAUUUAUGGCAAUAGCAUUUGAUCAUAAGAACAGUUAUAUUCAAGCUGUACGUUGUUAUUAUAUCUUAUCGAUGUCACCAAUGAUCGAGGAACAAAAAUCUUUACAUCUGUUAACUGAUGCAAUCAAAUGUACUGUUCUAUCUGGAUUUGGUGUUGCCCGAUCGGAGUUAAUUUCAGUUUUAUUCAAAAAUGAAAAAGCGAAACGAUUGCCUCUUUAUUCUAUCGUAGAUUUAUUUUUCAAGAAACGCCUAAUUCUGUUAUCUAAAUUUGAAAAUUAUCACAAUGCAUUGUAUAUGACCAUCAACAAAAUGCACGAACAACAUCUGGUAUGUUCCAUGAGAUAA